GCCAUUUUACAUUUUUCAUUUUCAUCCGACGACAGCACGACGUGCAAGUCUAGCUAGACCUAGGAGACUUCGACACGAAAACAAAAUACAGAAAAUACAACAUGUCUGCAACACAGAAAAUGUUUGCCUGUAGUGGCUUUAUGCUCGUCGUCGUGCUAGCGGCGUUCACAAGAGCCGUACCUGUUCCGGUUUCGGUAGAAGCGCAACCAGCUGAGUACAGACAGUUUGUGUCAAACCAAGUGAUGGCUGAGUCUGCGAACGAACCGUUGUUGUCCGCAUAUCAAACUAUGGAAGUCGACCCCGCGGCGGUCAGGCCCGUCCGGUCAGCUAGUCCGUUCCUCGGAAUCUUCGGUGGUUACGAAAAACCAUACAAGUCCCACCAUCACCAUCAUCAUGAAGAGCACGAAUAUGAACCUGAGUACCACCAUAGGCCCCAACAUCAUAAGCCCCAACACCAUAGGCCACAAUAUCACGGUGGUAGCGGUGCGGGAAGUUACGCAUCGGCAGGAAGUUUUUCGGGCGGUCACGGUGGUGGUCAAAGCCAGAGCGGAGCCAACAGUCAGUCCGCCAGUUUUGGAUUUGGUCCGUUCCAGGCCAGUUAUUCAGCUAGUUCGGCGCACUCGGGUAGUCAUUCUAACGGAGGAUUUUCAGACUAUUGAUUACCAUUUUCAAUCAAGAUAAUUUGAAUUCUUAGCGUGAAUGAUUAUUUAAUAAUUGUAAUUUUUAAUUUA